ACGUUCAAGCUCGUUACCGCCAUACUUCCUCGAGGUUGUAUCAUGUAUGGGUAUAGUGAUCAUGGUGAAGCAAAAUUCGUAAUAACUAAUACUGUAAAAAUUCUGAACCAAUAGUAUUUAUAAAUUCGCUGUGGAUACUUAGGUUUCGUAAUUUACCUCAUUGAUAGGUCUAUUAAGGUUAGAUAAUCAUAAAGUUAAUUAAAUUAUGGCAAGUGGAUUUCCAAUAAGACAGAAAAGGGAAAAAAACAAGCUUCAUAACUCAAAGCCUUACGAACGUCAGAAAACAAGUGCGAGGCCUAACGUUAAGCAUGCAAGUGAUGUGACUGCUAGGGGGUCUCAGUCUUGGUUAUGGCGUAUGGCGUCAACAGUAAAAGAUAUAUUUGUACCUUCCUGGCUAAUGGGAAGUACCCAGAACUCCUUAGCCGAUGAAGACUUGGGGGUUGAGGAAAAAACAUUGAACUGGCAUGAAUCAUCAACAUUUGAAAGAAAGGCAAGAGAUAAGAAUAAUUUAGUGUUAGAAGAGAAUGAAGAAAAACCAUUUUCACAAAGUGAAUUCGCACCUCAAUCAUCUAAAAGUGUUCUAGAGAAAGCUGGGAAAAGUAAAUACCUAAUUUCAAACCAGUGGCAAAAUUUAUCCAAACAUACUUCAACUAAUCAAGAUGAAAAAGAUUAUGAUGAGACUGAAGACUUUUCUCUUCAAAACAAUGUUGAUGAUCCCUGUAAAGUACUGAGUGAAGCUUCAAAUCUUGCUGUUAAAAGAUUGCCUACCAGGGGCCAUGAAGAUGGGUCAUCUCAUCUUGCAAUUAAUGGUGAUGAUCAGUCUGACCACAGUGAAGAAUCUGGGUCAACUAGUGGCUGUUCAUCUUUACUGCCAUCUGGUGAACGUCAUCAUGUGGUAGGGUUGCAGCUGAGUGAGGCUGCUCUGGAACGAAUUCGUAAAGAACUUUCUGGAAAACGUGAUUCCACUGAACAGUCUAAGAGAAAGGAUGUUGCAGUGGAAACUGAUAUCAAUCAUUCUGUUGUUGAAAACAAUUCUGCACAAAAUCAGUCUUUAUUAUGGACCGAGAAUGUUGGUCGUCCCACAAAACGUUUAUCCAAACCACAAGCUACUGUACAAGGUCAAAGGCCAUCAUUUUCAAUGUCAAGUUUUGGGACCCCUGUUGUGCAAGGAACCACACAAUCGACUUUAGAGACCAGUUUAUAUGAUUCUCCCUUCUAUCAUGGGAAAACAACAUAUGGUGGUGCUUCUGCUUAUCGUCGUGUUAGAUUUCUAUCGUCGUUUCCUUAUAAGCCACCAAAUUCAUGUGGUCAAGUAAAAGUAAGAGAAGCCAAAGCUGCAAAAGAAGAUCUCAGCUACAUGAGUGCUACCUCUAAACGUAUCCUUCAAACAUUAGAAAAAAUGUCAACACCAUUAUCAGAUGCCAAAAAAAUUCCUACAGAAAGAAAGGCUCCAGCAGAUGUGACACUCACAUAUAGUCCUUCUAAUCUUCGGAGACGCCCAUUACUCAGUUGUAGGAAAGUUCAAGAGCCACUGAGAGGUCCCCCCGUUUCAAAUAUUCAUACACCAGCUCCAAUUAUGAAAGGAAGAAAUUUGGAAUCUCAUGUACAUAAGGUAUGUAACUAGUGAU